UUUCAACGCAAGCAACGGCAAGCAAAACACAAGCGAAAAGCAGAAAAGCAACCAAAGUGACAGUUACAACUGAAAAUUCAACCUACACAAGUAAAAGUGAAACAAGAAAUUAAAUCAAAGUAUUGAAAAAGGAAACAAAAAGUACACUCGCAACGAGAGAGCGGAAGCCAGUUAAACCAAUUCUUUGUUAAAGAAACAACAGAAAGAAACUCACAGAAACACACAAAAUGCCGGCCAUUGGCAUUGACUUGGGCACCACGUACUCGUGCGUCGGUGUCUUCCAGCACGGAAAGGUGGAGAUCAUCGCCAACGACCAGGGCAACCGCACGACGCCCAGCUAUGUGGCAUUCACAGACUCGGAGCGGCUGAUCGGAGACGCCGCCAAGAACCAGGUGGCGAUGAAUCCGAAGAACAGCGUGUUCGACGCCAAGCGCCUGAUUGGGCGCAAGUUCGACGACUCCAAGAUCCAGGAGGACAUGAAGCACUGGCCCUUCAAGGUGGUCAACGACUGCGGCAAGCCGAAGAUGAGCGUCGAGUUCAAGGGCGAGGAGAAGCGCUUUGCCCCGGAGGAGAUCAGCUCGAUGGUCCUCACCAAGAUGAAGGAGACCGCCGAGGCGUAUCUCGGCACCUCAGUGCGGGACGCGGUCAUCACAGUGCCAGCGUACUUCAACGACUCGCAGCGGCAGGCCACCAAAGAUGCCGGAGCCAUCGCCGGCCUCAACGUGCUGCGCAUCAUCAACGAGCCGACGGCGGCUGCUCUGGCCUAUGGCCUGGACAAGAAUCUCAAGGGGGAGCGCAAUGUGCUGAUCUUCGAUCUGGGUGGCGGCACCUUCGAUGUCUCUAUUCUGACCAUCGACGAGGGAUCGCUGUUCGAGGUGCGCGCCACUGCCGGAGACACCCACUUGGGUGGCGAGGACUUUGACAACAGGCUGGUGAACCACCUGGCGGAGGAGUUCAAGCGCAAGUUCAAGAAGGAUCUGCGCUCCAAUCCUCGUGCCCUGCGGCGUCUGCGCACCGCAGCCGAGCGGGCCAAGCGAACGCUGUCUUCCAGCACAGAGGCAUCCAUCGAGGUGGAUGCCCUGUUCGAGGGACACGACUUCUACACGAAGGUCAGUCGUGCCCGCUUCGAAGAGCUGUGCGGGGACCUCUUCCGCAACACCCUGCAGCCCGUGGAGAAGGCCCUGAACGACGCCAAGAUGGACAAGAGCAAGAUUCAGGACAUCGUCCUGGUGGGCGGAUCAACUCGCAUUCCCAAGGUGCAGAACCUUCUGCAGAGCUUCUUCAACGGCAAGAGCCUCAACCUGUCCAUCAACCCAGACGAGGCUGUGGCCUACGGCGCCGCCAUCCAGGCGGCCAUCCUCUCCGGCGACCAGAGCAGCCAGAUCAAGGACGUGCUGCUCGUGGACGUGUCGCCGCUCUCGCUGGGCAUCGAGACCGCCGGCGGAGUGAUGACCAAGCUGAUCGAGCGCAACAGCCGCAUCCCGUGCAAGCAGUCGAAGACCUUCACCACCUACGCGGACAACCAGCCCGCCGUGACCGUGCAGGUGUUUGAGGGCGAGCGCGCCAUGACGAAGGACAACAAUGUGCUGGGAACCUUCAACCUCACGGGCAUUCCCCCGGCACCCCGGGGCGUGCCCAAGAUAGAGGUCACCUUCGACCUGGACGCCAACGGCAUCCUGAACGUCACGGCCAAGGAACUGGGCUCUGGCAAUGCGAAGAACAUCACGAUCAAGAACGACAAGGGUCGCCUCUCGCAGGCCGACAUCGACCGCAUGCUCAGCGAGGCCGAGCAGUACGCCGAGGAGGACGAGAAGCACCGCCAGAGGAUCGCUGCCCGCAACCAGCUGGAGAGCUACGUGUUCGGCGUGAAGGAGGCCGCCGACAAUGGGGGCGACAGGAUCAGCCAGUCGGACAAGAGCAGUGUCCUCGAGAAGUGCGGCGAGACCAUCAAGUGGCUCGACGGCAACACCACCGCCGACAAGGAGGAGUACGAGUACAAGCUCAAGGAGCUCACCCAGUUCUGCAGCCCCAUCAUGACGAAGAUGCACCAGCAGCAGGGCGCUGGCGAUGGUCCGCAGGGGCCAAGCUGUGGCCAGCAAGCCGGAGGCUUCGCCAACGGUGGCUACCAGGGGCCCACCGUCGAGGAGGUCGACUAAACACAAAUUGAAUUCCAUUUUCCCGAUCUCAAAGAUCUCAACGAACAGCCAAAAAUCUCUAGAAUAUGAAUAGUUUAGUUUAGUUUAGUUCAAUAAAAGAAUAUAAUUAAUUAAAUUGAAA